UUCCAGAAAAACAAUAUAAAAUUAUUCAAUACCAUUAAAAAAAAAAAAAAACCAGAAGCUUAUUCAACUCUGUGUUUCUCCCCAACUGAAGCCAAGCCAGUUCUUGUUUGUUCUUCGUCUUAGAACUUUCAAAUGGAUAAAAGGGGUCCAAAAUCAAAGAACCCAGAACCAGGAAACCAAGGAAACUAUGAGAAAAAGAGCAAAAAGGGAUUGGAAAUUGAAGGGUACCGAGUGGAAGGGUUGUCAAUAGGAGGGCAUGAAACUUGCAUUAUUUUUCCCACUCUAAACUUAGCAUUUGAUAUCGGUCGAUGCCCACAACGUGCCCUUUCUCAAGAUUUCCUUUUUAUUUCUCAUGGACAUAUGGAUCAUAUUGGCGGCCUGCCAAUGUAUGUCGCAACACGGGGUUUAUAUGGCAUGAAGCCCCCAACAAUUGUUGUACCUACUUGUAUAAAAGAAGAUGUAGAGAAACUCUUUGAGGUGCAUAGAAAGAUGGAUCAAUCAGAGCUUAAGCAUAAUUUAAUCGGCUUGGAUGUGGGAGAAGAGUUUUUAUUGAGAAGGGACCUAAAAGUAAGAGCUUUUAGAACUUACCAUGUCAUACCCAGCCAGGGUUAUGUAGUUUAUUCUGUAAAACAAAAACUUAAAGACGAGUACUUGGGGCUUUCUGGAAAUGAGAUCAAGAACUUGAAGUCAUCAGGUGUGGAGAUUACUUACACUACUACGACACCAGAAGUUGCCUUUACUGGAGAUACAAUGUCUGACUUCAUAGUUGAUGAAGGUAAUUUAGAUGUUUUGAGGGCAAAGAUUCUUGUUGUGGAGAGCACAUUUGUAGAUAACUCAGUAUCGGUUGAGCACGCCAGAGAUUAUGGACACAUUCAUCUGUCUGAGAUGAUUAAUUACGCGGACAAGUUCAAAAACAGAGCAAUUCUUCUGAUUCACUUCUCAGCUCGGUAUGCAUUAGAGACUAUCCAGGAAGCAAUUGCGGCGCUGCCUUCACCUCUGGCUGGCCGAGUUUUUGCACUUACAGAAGGUUUCUAAAGGAAUGGGGUUGAAGAUAAGAUUUGUGUUGUUGUUCAGGUGAUCCAUAAUUUUCUGUAACAAAACUUGAAGCCUAGUUUAUUUGAUUUUAGAGAUAGUGUCGAAAAGAUGUGGGAUUCAACUCCCAACAUUUGCUACUCCUUCUAACCCUGCGCUAAGGUUUUCUUUGUUAAAUAUAUAUAUAUAUAUAUACACACAUUAUACCA